CCAACCCUUAAUUUCACUUUAAGCCGUUAAGUCGGGAGUCCGGCUCAACCUUCCCUCUCCGGUCGCUCGGCUGGGCCAAAUGCUCCGUCGUUCUGCACUUCUCUUUCCCCUCCAUAAACCCUCAGCCACCUCCGGCUUCCUCCUCAGAACCCUAAGCACCGCCGUCGAUCAUGGCUUCCACGCCGGCGCCGGCAGAAGCCAGUCGAAAGACGACUACUUCGCGUCGAUCCACCAUAUAUCCAACAUAGUCCGCCGCGACAUCUACAUGGAGCGGACUCUGAACAAGAUGCGAAUCUCCCCUUCCAUCGUCAACUCGGAACUGGUCUACCGCGUCCUCCGGAGCUGCUGCCACAACGGCGCCGAGUCCUUCCGCUUCUUCAAUUGGGCGCGAAGCCACUUCCCUUCGUACAACCCUACUGCUCUUGAGUUCGAGGAGCUUGUUAAAACCCUAGCUCGGAGUCAGCAUUGGCAGACGAUGUGGAAGGUUCUCGAGCAGAUGAAGAACGCCGAUCACAACCUCGCCAUUCCGCCUCACUUGAUUUCGUUUAUCAUUGAACAGUACGGCAAUCGAGGCCUAGUUGAUCAAGCGGUCGACCUCUUCAAUAAAGCACCAAAGGUCUUUAAUUGCGCCCAAAAGACGCCAAUCUACAAUUCAUUCCUCUUCGCCCUAUGCGAGGUCAAGAAUUUCCAGGCCGCGUACGCCUUGAUUCGGCGGAUGGUUCGCAAAGGCGAAGUUCCGGAUAAACGGACCUACGCGAUUCUCGUUAAUGGCUGGUGCUCGGCAGGGAAGCUCCGGGAGGCUCAAGAAUUUCUAGAUGAAAUGAGCCGGAAGGGUUUCAAUCCGCCGGUUCGCGGCCGCGAUCUUCUGGUCGACGGCUUGCUAAAUGCCGGCUAUCUGGAAGCAGCCAAAAAUUUGGUUAGGAAGAUGACCAAAGAGGGCUUUUUGCCAGACAUCCAGACCUUCAAUUCCUUGGCAGAAGCUGUAUGUAAAUCCGGGGAAGUUGAAUUUUGCAUUGAACUUUACCAUAAUGUUUGUAGAUUAGGGCUUUGCCCAAACAUGGAGACCUACAAGAUUAUGAUAACUGCUGCUUCCAAAGUGGGCAGUUUGGACGAGGCUUUUGCAAAUCUCCACAGAUCAAUAGAAGAAGGGCAGAAGCCAUUUCCCAGUUUCUAUGCUCCGAUUCUGAAAGCACUUUUCCGGAGGGGACAAUUUGACGAUGCAUUCAGCUUUUUCAGUGAUAUGAAGGUGAAGGGCCACCCGCCAAACCGGCCCCUCUACACCAUGUUGAUAAAGAUGUGUGGCCGUGGAGGUAGAUUUGUAGAGGCUGCAAAUUAUCUAGUGGAGAUGACGGAGCUGAACUUGUCACCAUUGUCACGAACUUUUGAUAUGGUCACCGAUGGAUUGAAGAACAACGGGAAGCAUGAUCUGGCUAAGAGGAUAGAGCAACUGGAAAUCUCUCUGAGGGAUGUUUGAUUUCAUAGAGCCUUGAAACUGUUCACUAUGCCAAGGAAUUGGGAGGCAGUGAAAGAGAUGAAUGCCCUUGUUGAUCAGAAUGGACCUGGACCAGGAAAUGUGGUUUCAUUUGUAGAAUGAGGCAGUGAGAAGUGAUCUUGUGACACAUUUUGAAGCCCUAGUCAGAAAGGCCUUGGAUUUCUCCCACAAGACGUGGCAUGUCAUUUGUAAUGUGUUACUUCGAUUGAAUUAUUACUGGAAUUCCAAGCUUUUGAUUUGUCAUCACUCUAAUUUUUACCUCUAUAUAAGUUAUAGAUGUGUUGAUUAAUAGCAUAACAUGGAAUCCUGAAUUCAUUUGAGAUACACUAAAAUAAUCUCUGCCUAUGAGUUAAAUCCUGGCUUAGAUUGAAAUGUAUUUCUAUUACAUUUUUGUGGUGAUAAAUUACUGUAAUAUUCAGCUUG